AUGGCUUGGGAAUUUGUCGUCGGGGUUAUACUGUCCAUCCUAUACCUGAUCUUGUAUCCUCUGGCUUAUGCGAUAUGGGGGAUUCUUAAGCUAUUGCAUUUAUUUGCCACGCUGUUUGCUAGCCUGGGACUCAGUGUUCUACAUCUCACCCUUUGGCCGUUCAAAUUCCUUGCGAGAUUCGAGGUACUCUUCAUAUACCUGGUAAUGGCCAUACUUAUUGGCACAAUUUCAGGCCUGGUUAUAUACUGCGCCUGCACCUUCACCGUGGACUAUCUUCCUGGGUUUGUCCUAGGAUCAUCACGGUCUCUUUCGUUAUCCAAAGAGCACCCAAAAGAGAAAGGUCGCCAGCCGAAUACUGAGCUUAGCAGUCGAAGUCUUUCUGAUAUCCCUUCUUACAAGUAUGGGACUGUGUCCAGUGACUACUACGCUAGAUGGGUUGACCGAAAGGACACCAGACCGCUCUCUUCGACGAUCUUGGAGGAAGAAGAAUCCGACGGAGACUCUGACGACACCGUUGGGUAUGGAUAUAAAGAGGAAAAGAAAGAAGUUGAUUCUUGA